AAUAAAGAUAUUUAUUAUUAGUUCCACUAAAACUCGUCUUACGCAGCUUUAGAAAGUAAAACUUGCUUAAAUAUUGAAAGUGGUGCAGAGAGAUAUUGCAAAGAAGAAGUUGUUUGCGAAAAAUUUUAAAGUUUGAAAUAGCAGUUUGAGCAACUCAAGGUACAAUUAAAUGGAUUUUGUAAAAGUAAGAAUUUAUACUAAGUGAGUUCAAAAUACCUUUGUAAAAAAUGAGUUCAAGUUUAAUAGAUCCUAUGACUGACAACUUAAGUGUUUUUGCUGAUGCAGAGCUUAUAAGUUUUUCAACGUUUGAACAAGACCGUAAUAUUACUCAAAAUGAUGCUGAAAUUCCUUCAAUAUCAUUUGUUGGCAUGAGAUAUGAAGGUGUUGUGUUUAAUAACAUUGAAAAACAAAUUUUUUCUAAAAUCAAAGAUCUUGUGUCAGAAAAUACAAAUCUUAAAACAGUGAUGCAAAAAAAUAAUCAGCGACUUGAGGAACAUUAUAACAAAUGUGUUGAGUUUAAAGCAAAGUAUAUUAAAAGAGAAACAGAGUUGAAAGAGAAACUAUCAGAAGAAAAAAAAAGCUUAGAAGAAUUAGAGUGGAGAUUUGAAAGUUAUAAAAAAGCAGUCUCUUCAAACAAUAUUUCAUUAGCUUCUAACCAAACGGAAUUACAUAGCAUCAUAGAGAAUGAAAAAAAGAAUCUUUUUAAGACGCUUCAAAGCAUUGAAGAGAAGAAUCCUGAAGAUAGUGCUGUUGAGCCCCUUAACAAGGCUCUUGAGGUUUUGCAGUCUUUUUCAAGUCAUAAUAACUCACUUUCAACACAUGAUAGCUCUGAAUUCAUUAAAAUUGAUGACCUUGUUAGUCAAAUUACUGGCAUCGAAGGCUCUCUUAUUGACAAUUCGUCUUCACAUACUUGCGAAGUAAAAGAUUUGCUUUCCAAUACAGUUAAGUCUAUUCAAUUUUUAAAUCCGCAUCAAGGUAGUAAUCAGCCAAUUUCUUUAGACCAUUAUUAUGAUUUAAACACAAGCUAUGAUGCUCUAAUGAUGGAGAAAAACAAAAUCAAAUUAGAGUAUGAAGAACUUAGUGACAAUUAUAAUCAAGUACUAAAAGUAUCAGAACAGUAUUACGCUGUAAAGAAGGAGAAUUCGGAAAUAUUGGCAGUACUUAAAGAAAAAAAUGAGCAUAUACUUUAUCUUGAAAGCCAAAUGGCCAAUAGAUCUGUUAUCAUUGAACCAUUUAACGGGGAAGAAUUAAAUGAACUAAAAAAUGAAAAUAGGCAAUUGAAAAACAGAAUUAAAGAACUGGAACUUGAGAACUCAAAUGAAGAAUUAAAUAAACUAAAAAAUGAAAAUAGGCAGUUGAAAAGCAGAAUUAAAGAAGUAGAAUUUGAAAACUCAGAAACUACUAAAUCAUUUUCUGCUGUGGAUGAGGAAAACUGUCAACUUAAAGAAGAAAAUGAGCAGCUAAAUGUUAAGAACAAGCAGCUAAUAGCAGAGAACAAGCAGCUAAUAGUUGAGAACAAACAACUACUGAUCGAGAACAAGCAGCUAAUAGUUGAAAACAAGCAGUAUAAAUGUGAAAAUGAACAGCUUAAAGUUGAGAACAAAAAGUCUAAGCUUGAGGAUGAGCAGCUUAAAAAUGAGAAUAAUGUAUAUAGUAUUCAAAUAAAUGAAAUGAAGGAAUUGAUCAAGCUACUUCAGCAGGGUAAAACUGAUUUACCCCAAGUGCGCAAUAAUCAGAGCGUCUAUGACCAUCUUGUAUUCCAAAGCAAUAAAUCAAAAGAAGCAAAUGUACCUGAAACACAAAUAAGUGCAAACUACAUUAUUAGUCAACAAGCAGAAAAUCAAAUGAUGACAAGGAUAAGAGAGUUAGAAGAAAUCUGUGACAAACUCAAGUGUCAACUUGAUGAAAAAACUCAAGAAUGUGUCAAUGCCAAAAAGGAAGUAGAGUAUAAACAUAAUCAAUUAAUGGAUUUUAAUGACCGAAUGCACAAAAUCAAUGCAAGUUUCCAUGAUACUAACAUAAUGAAUCAAAAGUUAACUAGCAAAUUAGAAAGGUUUAAUGAGUUAGAUGAGAUGUGUGCAAAGUAUAAACAACUCCUUGAAGACAAAAAAAAAGAACAUGCAACUAUAAAUAAUGAGUUAAUUCAACUAAAAGAUCAUAUAAUGCGAUUGAAUGUGACAAAUGACAAUUUAAAAAAAACAACGGAAGAAUUAUGGAAAAAUCUAAAUUUGAAAUCUCAACAGCUUAAGGAAAAAGAGCAAGUUGAAAACAAAAUUCGAGAAAAAGAUAAUGAAAUAUGCACUCUUAAAGAACAAAUGGACGCUUUAAAUGUCACAAUUCAGAAAAUGAGUGCUGAAGUCGAUUCAAUACCUGUUUAUCAAACACAAAUGGAUGCCUAUGAAAAUGAUUUUAGAGCUGAAAGGGCAGCGCGAGAGAAAAUCCAUCAAGACUUAUGCAGGAUUAAUGAGCAGCUCGAUGAACAUAUACUUGAGAAUACAAGAUUAAAAGAAGAAAUUAAACAUCUCACAAGCAGCUCAUUGUCAGAUGUUCAGCAACGUUAUAGUAACUCUUCUAUGACAGGUAGAUUUAAUCAGUCUAAUCCACACUUUUUCAACUCCGACAGGUCUGCUCCGUUAGGAAAUUCAAGAAAUGGCUCUAAUAAUCAUUCCUAUGAGACUAAUCAAAGUUAUUAUAAUGAUGAACCAAACUAUUUUAACAGAAGAAAGCCCUUUGAAAAUGUUAUUAAUCAAAGACCAUAUUAUCAUUCUGAGGAACAAAAAUGCCCCAAGUGUAAUCAAGGUUUUCCUGAUUUAGAUAGUCUGCAACUGCAUGUUGUUGAGUGUUUAGAUAAUUGAGAACUUUUUUUUUUAAUGUAUAUGGUUAGUUGUAGAGAUUCUAGUGUUA